AUGCACAUCCCAACUGGACCUCUCUCCGUCCCAAUCACCCUCCUCCUAAUGCUCAGCAUCGGAUCUCUAACAACCGCCCAACCCACCCACAAACCCGUCACCGAUCCAACCCCCGCCCAAUCCUCCCUCACAGAGGCACAAAUCCUCACCAUCUCCCCCAAAGCAAAUACAUGCGACAAUGCCCCUGCCGAAGGCGAAUGCGCCACGGCUGCCACGGCCGCCAAGUACACGGCCCAGUCCUUCGAUCAGUACAAAGUGACGAGCAAGGCGGAGCAGGCUGCUCUCGUCAGUUUGAUGGCGUUUGAGAGUGGCGAUUUCAAGUAUAAUAAGAAUCAUUUCCCGGGUGUUGCGGGACAGGGAACUCGCAACAUGCAAUCGCCAACCUUCAAUAAGAAGUAUGCCUCUUCUAUCCCCGCGCUCGCUGAUCAACUUCCCUCGGUCUCGGAUUCCCCCGCCGAUCUCCUGGAUCUUCUGCGUGGCAACGAGACCUACGACUUUGGGUCCGGGGCGUGGUUCCUCACGACGCAGUGCACGAGUGAUGUGCGGAGUGCGUUGCAGAAGGGUGAUGAGGCCGGGUGGAAGAGGUAUAUUAGUGAGUGUGUGGGGACGACGGUGACGGAUGAUCGCAAGGCGUAUUGGUCAAGGGCUGUUGAUGCACUUGGGGUUUAA